GCUGGCAUUCGGCUGCAGUCGAGAGCCAGUUUGCCAUGGAGCUGCAGGAAUGGGGAACAAACAGACCAUCUUUACAUCCCAGCAACUGGACGCAUAUCAGGACUGCACUUAUUUUACCAGAAAAGAAAUUCUGAGACUGUUUCAUCGAUACCGUGAUUUAGCUCCGCAGCUCGUGCCGCUGGACUACACGAACCAACCGGACGUGCGUUUGCCCUACGAGUUGAUUGGCAGCAUGCCGGAGCUGAAGGAUAACCCAUUCAGGCAGAGGAUCGCUGAGGUUUUCUCAGAGGACGGAGAAGGAAACAUGACUUUGGACGACUUUCUGGACAUGUUUUCAGUGCUGAGUGAAAUGGCACCGCGGGACCUGAAGGCCUAUUACGCUUUUAAAAUCUACGACUUCAACAAUGAUGACUUCAUCUGUAAAUCAGAUCUGGAAAAAACUUUAAAUAAACUGACACGUAACGAGUUGACUGAGGAUGAGGUGAGGAUGGUGUGUGAGAAGGUGAUUGAUGAAGCUGAUCUGGACAAUGACGGCCGACUGUCUCUAGAGGAUUUCCAGCACAUGAUCGUGAGAGCGCCUGACUUCCUCAGCACCUUCCACAUCCGGAUAUGAAGAUCAUCUGGACACUGAACAACAGGAAUAUUACUUUCUAAAGAUGAUGUUAGAUCGUUCGCUGCAGAUUCAGUCAGGUACAGAUGGCAGUUUACAUUCAAAUUGAAAAUACAGAAAUUAAGAAGGCACCUGUACUAAUACAAGAGUAUUUAUAUCAAAUAUUAUUUAAAAAAAAGACUUUAAUGAAUUCUAAGGAUUCUUAAACAUAAAAACAAGACAAUGUUCUGCUUUUUUAGAUGGGCUACAGCACAAUCAACACCUGAAAGGAAAUCAUCCGUCAAUAUUAAAAACACAAACAGAUCCAUCUCUUAAAAGAAUCUUAUUUUAAUAAAUCAAAAGUACAGAUAUCUACAAAAACUGUAGAUCAGUUUUUCAAUGUUUUUUUAGAAAGUACAGUACAAUUUAAGUAGAUCUCUUUUUAGAGUUAUUUACAAUUGUUUCUUCUUUUUUUUU